CGACCUCUCCGGCCCCGCACCCCACACCGCUCACGAUGGCUGGCGUGUUCACGACGUCGCCGGUCGCGGCCGUCGCGCCCGCGCGCGCGCGAUGCCGAGCGCGCGCUGUCCGCGUCGCCGCCGCGACGCCGACGCGCGCGCGACUCGCGUCGCGCAUCGGAUUCUUCCCCGCGCUCGCGUCGUCGUCGUCGUCGCGCAUCGCGUCGUUCUCGCCGAAGACGCUUCAUCAGACCGCGUCCGCGUCGCUUCGCCGCGCCCGAACGACGACGACGACGACGACGACGACGACGCGCGCGUCCGCGUCCGCGUCCUCCUCCCCGGUCGUCGCCGCGGCGGGAGAGGCGGCGGCGUCGGAGCCGUUCAAGUGGACGGGCGCGAAGCUCGGCCCGGCGAUGAUCUCCGUCGCCGUCGGCGUCGUCGUGAAAUUUCUCGUUCCGUGUCCCGCCGCGGUGGUGCCCGAGGCGUGGACGCUGCUCGCGAUAUUCCUGAGCACGAUCACCGGGCUCGUGCUCACGCCCUUACCCGUCGGCGCGUGGGCGUUCUGCGGCCUCUCCAUGACCGUCGUCACGAAGACGCUCACGUUCCAGCAGGCGUUCAGCGCGAUGACGAACGACGUCAUCUGGCUCAUCGUCCUCGCGUUCUUCUUCGCGAAGGGGUUCGUGCAGACGGGCCUCGGAGACCGCGUCGCGACCUUCUUCGUGAAAAUCCUCGGGAAGUCCACGCUCGGGCUCUCCUACGGCCUCUCCAUCUCGGAGGCGAUCCUCGCGCCGGCGAUGCCGUCCACGACCGCGCGCGCCGGCGGCGUCUACCUCCCCAUCAUCAAGUCCCUCGCGAAAAACGCCGGGAGCGAGCCCGGACCGACCGCGAACAAGCUCGGCGCGUUUCUGAUUCAAAGCCAGCUGCAGUGCUCCGGGCACUCCAGCGCAAUGUGCAUGACGGCGGCGGCGCAGAACUUGCUCUCGAUGAAGCUCGCCGCGUCGCUCGGCGUCGUCAUCGCGUCGCCGUGGCUGACGUGGUUCAAGGUGGCGUGCGUCCCCGCGCUCGUGGGGCUCCUCGCGACGCCGCUGCUCGUGUUCAAGCUGUUCCCGCCGGAGAUUCAGGCGCGUUCUAUGCACACGCUGGACACCCCGGACGCGCCGAAAGAAGCCGCGGAGAAGCUGCGGAAGCUCGGUCCGUUGUCUCAGGACGAGCGUCUCGUCGUCGCGACGAUGGCGCUCACCGUCGUCCUGUGGAUCUUCGGCGAUAAGAUCGGCAUGAGCUCCGUCACCGCGGCGAUGCUCGGCAUGUCGCUGCAGCUCUUCACCGGCGUCAUCACGUGGGCGGACUGCCUCAGCGAGAAGGGCGCGUGGGACACGCUCGUGUGGUUCGCCGUCCUCAUCGGGAUGUCGUCGCAGCUAAACGCGAUGGGUUUCAUAUCGUUUCUCAGCAACUCCGUCGCGGGCGUCCUCGCCGGUUUGAACAUGGGGUGGGGCCAGGUCUUCGUGCUCCUCCACGUGUGCUACUUUUUCAUUCACUACCUCUUCGCGUCGCAGACGGCGCAAGUCGCGGCGCUGUCGACGGCGUUCAUGGCGAUGAUGAUGGCGUCCGGCGCGCCGCCCGUGCUCGCGGGGUUGUCCAUGGCGUUUCACACGAAUCUCUUCGGCGCCAUCACGCACUACGCGUCCGGUCAGGGCGCGGUGUACUUCGGCGCCGGGUACGUGGACCUUCCGACGACGUUUCGCCUCGGCGGCAUCUUGGGCGUCGUCAACUUGCUCAUCUGGGGCAUCGUCGGCGGCGCGUGGUGGAAGGUCCUCGGGCUGUAUUGAUCGAUAAGAGUCGUCGGGCGCUAUCUGAUUGUACGCAGAGUCGACGACGCGUCGUCGUCGUCUUUUAACGUCGCAUCCUUCGCGUUGAAAUGAAAUCAAAUUCUACGUAUGUUCU